GUCCCGGAAGGCCUCUGUUGUCAACUUCUCCAGCUUUUUUCCCUCCAAAAAAAGUUCUGUCUACCUCCCAUUCUUUUUCAUCUCCUCUCACCAGAGAAAAUCAUCCCCAAAUAAACCAUCACAAUGGCCUCCUCUCGUGUCUUUGCCUCUCGCCUGGCCUCCCAGAUGGCCGCAACCACCAAGGUUGCCCGCCCGGCCGCCCGUUUCGCUGCCCCCAAGCGUACCUUCACCACCCAGCGCAAGACCGCUAUCCCCAUGACCCCCUUCCAGACCGUCAAGCGCCAGCAGCCUUCCAUGAUCCAGGCCAACGCUCGCCAGGUCUUCGCCAACGUCCAGGCCCGCCGCCAGUACUCCUCUGAGAUCGCCGACGCCAUGGUCCAGGUCUCCCAGAACAUGGGUAUGGGUUCCGCCGCCAUUGGUCUUGGUGGUGCCGGUAUCGGUAUCGGUCUCGUCUUCGGUGCCCUCCUCCUCGGUGUCUCCCGCAACCCUGCCCUCCGUGGUCAGCUCUUCUCCUACGCCAUUCUGGGUUUCGCCUUCGUCGAAGCCAUUGGUCUGUUCGACCUGAUGGUUGCUAUGAUGUGCAAGUACGUUUAAACGGAUUAUUGAACAACAACCAAUUAUCCGAAAGGGCAAUAUGAGGCAAAUGCAAUUUCCUUGAUUUCUCAAACUGGUCAAAUUGAAUGGAGAGUCUUUUUAUCGGAUUUCGCCGUUCAGUUAGGAGGUAAUCUUGUGGUGGUCUUUUUAUAUAUCAUGUACUACUUUCCCGGCAUCAUCUAUCAUCCCAAUACACUGUACAUAUAGAGUUUAAAAUGGCCACUAAAACUCCCAACUUUCGAGCCACUUUUGAUAAACUCGUCAACCUAUCUUUUAAUUUCG